CAAUUUGCUUUUAUAAAAUUAUCGACCUCAGGAACCGCACAUUGCAUUAUGCAACAGCAAUGGGAUGGAUUUAUAGUUUUUAAAUGAGGUGCGUCUCUAGACAAGUCUAUCCAUGCUAGCUUGUCAUGGACGAGUGCUUUACUCGAGCAGUGCACAAUCUCUUCACUGCCUGUGCUCAAGACGAUCAAACCAAAAUCAACGAAACCGUGUCCGUGGCAACCAUUGCUACGGAAUGUCUGAUCAAGGAGAGAGGAUCUGAUUGGACGUUUGAGUUGCUCAGAACGCUGAUUGAGAAAAAGACAACUGAAAUAUGCUCAACUUCUUCACUAGAGGGCAGCCCCUCCCCCUCCCCGCCCACACACCCAUUCUGGGCGACUGUCAAGCACCUCACACCCUCCACACUUCACACACUCCACACCAGGACGUGCAAGAACCUCCUUUCGUCUUUAUCACAAUGCUACCUCCCUCUCUUCGGGACUAACCCCACCUACCAGCUACAGGGGACACUCUACAAGCACAUGACCCAAACACUUUCGGCCUCUACUAAUAGCUGCACAACUCUGGAGGACCUUAUAAGAGCAAUGGCUGCAAUAUAUACUCUUGCAGAUUGUGGCAGCUGUUUGGUCAUGCCUCAGAAUGAUGGCGAGUACGAGAAGCUAAUGAAACAAGUGGUUGCUAGAGGACCUAAGGUUGUCUAUGAGGCAUACAACAAUUGUGUUCAAGAGGAGCUCAAAAGCAGCAGCUGUCUAACUUCUAGUAGAGGAGUACUGAAGAGUGUGGAUGUACUGACUGGGAGUAUGUUUCUAAUGGCAACUGUUACCAAAACAACCCACUCUCCUGGGGACACAGUCAUUGAGACCGCACUACGACUCUACAAUCACUGUCUGGAGCAUCUCAUUCACCUGGUGAAGUUGUUCCCUGGACAUCUUCCCCUCUCCUCCCUCUACCUUGUGUUCAGCUCUCUCGUACAUCUGAACACUGAGUAUCGACAGCUGUGCUCUGUGCUCGAUUUUGAGGGGCACCCCUAUACUGAGCAGCUGUUCGUCCAUAUGUCUGAUUGCCAUAGUAACCUGACGGAGAGGGUGGUGUGCUAUCAUACACAGUUGUGUGAGACAUGCCUACUCCAGGACAAGGACAGCAACGAUUGGAGCAGUAGCCAACCGUUCUAUGAUAACGAGAGGUGCUCAUUCUCAAUACAAAUGUGGCACUAUCAGCUGCUAAAUCUACAACACGACCUUUGGACCCACUUGCACCCGACACUAUCCGACUGUAUCGUCAUGGAGAUAUUGGGCCACACCCUCUCGUUCCUGGCCGGCAGAUACAGCCUUGUAUCUCCAUCACACAAAAGAGUAAAACAAGCCAGGGCUGACAUUUUGAGUAUAUUGCUAACCACGUCUCAACUCCUGGCUGACCACACCCCUUCACCGGCCGUACAGAAGUCAUGUGAUUCCCUCGUCGUCACGCUAGGCCUCACUCUCUCCCCCCUGCACACACUCAGCGAGCAUCUCAACCCAGGCUCUCUAUUGUCGGAGCAGCAUCAUCGUACAAGCCAAUCUGUUUCAGGAGAUUGGCGUUCAUUCCUGAGAAUCAGCGGCUUCCCGUCAUGUACUUCCAUAUAUGGUAAAGGCGGCAGCAGCCAAUCAAAAGUGAGCUCUGAUGGAGCCACUUCAAAGGAGUCCAAAGUUUUGAUCCACUCCUACCCGCAGUGUGACAGGGCCAGGUGGCCAAAUCUCCUCCAGGCAUUAUGUCAAGACUCGGAUUUGUCAUUGAGAGUGGGCGGGUGUGGAGGGGUGGAGACUGUGAUGCCUCACUUGGUGACAGUUCUCGCUCACUGCUACCACUCCCCACACACACUCAGUCACACAUACGACACAGUCUCCACUCAGCCAUCCGGUGAGAAAUCUGACCAAGGCACUGACAUCACGGCAAUGGGUGAACAGAAUGUGUUUCUACAAGCUAUUACAAGACUCGUUGUUGAUGGUCUACAAAAAUCUGUGUUACCGGGGGCAACCAGACUACAUUACGAAUCCAUUAGCAAAGUGGGGGUGCUGGAGGGUGUGCUGAUGGAGCUGGUGGAGGAGGUCUCUCUUCUACCCUCACCUUUGCUGCACUUUAUUAGAUCACUGGCAGACUCUAAAGGCAGUCCCCAACAACCUCUAGGAAGAAGAGUGGCCAAGGUGAUUGGUGAUAUGUUAGGGGAGUGGCUAAAGUCUGCCAUCUCUUGGCUCAGUGAACCUUUGACCUCUGUUGUAUCCAACUACGCCACGCUACUCACGCGGAGCCUCUCUGGGUCGUCACGGCAACAGUCUCCCAGGACAGACGGCAUCUUCCAACGAUUGGAGGAGAUUUUCUCAGUCAUGGGUGUGGCUUCUGGUGAAGUGGGUGUAGCCUCAAUGACCGAGCACGAGAUGGCUGUGGAUGUGAUGAGCAAAGACGAGAAUGUGUUCAAGUCUUUAAAGAUUGUCUGUGAGUCCUGUACAGCCUCACACUCUUUACACCUCCCACACCGCCCACACAGUCACAACCCUCUCGAUACUCACAACACCAUCUGUGGUAUCCCUAUGGCAACCAUCAUGGAACGUACAGAGGACCUCAAAUGGAAUGAUUUGUUGGCCAUGUUUCCAACGAGUCGCUCCAAGGUGGGGAGUCUGGUUGCUAGGCGAUGGGAGUUACAAGACGAUCAUUCCUCGUUACUAACCGAAGAUGAAGCCAAGCAAGUGCUGAACAUUAGGACUCAGCUAGCAUAGAAUACACCAAGUCUUUUAUAUCAAAUGCAUAUUUUUACUUAAUUUACGCAA